UGUUUAUGGUUGAAACGUUGUUAGCUUAAAACGUUAUGAUUGACUUUCCAAAGAUAAUACAGCUAUUAGUGCACCUACAAGGUCAUUGCGUUAAUUUAGUUAAUAUAAAAUCCCUAGCGGCGCAAUUUCCCAAGCUACCCAAAUUUCUAUAUAGCCGUCGGUAACGUUUCAUAAAACGUUUCACCCGCGAAAUUUGGGCAAAUAUGGCAUCUUCGCUGAUAGUUCCUGUUAUUGAUGUUCACGCCGAUAACUUCAAGGAGCUUUGGCCUGCUUUAGUCAUUGCAAUUAAAACGUCGUCCUUCAUUGCACUAGACACGGAACUGAGUGGUCUGGGAAACAGGAAGUCUUUGUUGGCCGAAUCUAUAGAGGACAGAUAUAAAGCCAUAUGUCAUGCAGCUCGCUCUCGAUCCAUCCUUUCCUUGGGGAUUGCAUGUUACAAGAAACUGGACGACAAGGCUACGGCCACAUACCUGGUCCAGGUGUAUAACCUCACCCUGCUGUGUUCGGAAGAGUACAUCAUAGAGCCACAGUCAGUUCAGUUCCUGGUGCAGCACGGAUUUGACUUCAACAGGCAGUACAGCCAUGGAAUCCCUUACUGCAAGGGCAACAACAAGGGAGGAUCAGAUGAUCGUGGAGUACACAUCCGAGCGUUGUUUACUGAACUGCUACGUGCCAGGAAAUCCCUGGUGUUACACAAUGGCCUCAUUGACAUGGCCUUCCUUUAUCAGAGUUUUUAUGCUCAUCUCCCCGAGCGUUUGGCCACCUUCACAGCCGACCUGUCUGAGAUGUUUCCUGCUGGUAUUUAUGACACCAAAUACGUUACUGAGUUUGAGCUCCGGCUGGCUGCAUCUUAUCUGGAGUACGCCUAUAAGAAAUGUCAGCUGGAUAAUAGUCGCCGUGUCACUUCUGGAGCAGUUGGACCUCAAGUCCACAUAGAAUUCUGUCAAUAUGCUGGUCAUAUGUCCACCUAUGUGGACUACAGGGAAUGUCCAGCUGUAACUACCUGUGACGGACAGACUGAUAUCUGCCAGCGUUUCUCUGCUUUCGGCUGGUGUCCAAAUGGCACAAAGUGUCCAUUAUCCCAUGACACAGACCUGAUCAUCCUCCAGGAUGAGAAAAGCAAGGAGGAUAAGAGGAAAAAGAGGAAGAGACAAAGAGAGAAAAAGAGAGAUGGAGGGGAGGCAGCAGAGGGCUCCUCUAUCUUUGACGGUGCCCCUGAAAACAAAAUGCCAAACAUGGACUUGGAUCCAAAAGAGAGACCAGCUGACCAACAAGAUGCCGAGUCAUGCUCAGACAAUAUGCCUCAAUUAGAAAGUGAUAGAAAUGCCAAACAGGAUGAAGAGCAAAGCAUGAAAACUGACGGCGAGGGCAACGGAACCUGUGAAGACAAAACGGAUCCCAGAAACUCUGCAAUGAUAACCUCUGUUAGCGAAAGCAGAACAGAAGUAGCUAGUGGUGACAGGUUUACUGAUGCCUCUGCUGUGGCUGAAGCUCAGAAGAAAAAAGCCGAUACAGGAACACAUCGGGCAGGGUUUGAUGCUUAUAUGACGGGAUACAUCUUUGCUUACUCAUGUGCCUUCACCAAAACGGAGGAAACUGGAGCAACGAUGGAUGAGAAAGAGCAGUCAUGGCUUCCCACCUGUCUUAAUAAAAUCUAUCUAAGCGGCAAGGCAGCGCCUCUCAAUGUGGUUAAAAGCACCUUCUCUAAAUCCUCCAAGGCCCAUGUGCAAAAGAUGGAGAUGUUGUGGGGUGGAAAAAAGUAGUGUGCACACUUCCAUACACCAGAGUCGACUAUUUUAGCAAAAGCCCAAGUUUCUAUUAACUAUUAGUUGAACUUCUUUCAGUUUUUAUUUAGAGAUUUUUUUUUAGGUUGGGCAGUCCUCAAAUGUGUGAUCUAGCUGUAUCAUUGGCUAAUUCAUCAGUUUAUGACCAAGUACUUGCAAAACAAAUGAUCUUCACAGCAGUCUUAAGUUUUAGUUUCUGGUCAUUUGAUGCUAACUGCUAAACUAAAAUAGCAGACAGCUGGAUAUUCCAAUUAUUGAGGGCACAAUCGCAUUCUGAAGUUAGCAUUUAACCCACAACACGUCGGUGCUCAUGCAAACAGCGAAUUUUAACGUUACAGUGCAAAUGUUAAAAUACAGGAACUUUCAUUUAUUUGGCAGUUUAGGAUAUUUGGUCAGAUGUUUAUCAGAUUGCAUGUUUUUCCCAUUUGAACUGUAAAAAAUGAGCAAGAGGUGAAUUGAAUGUUUUUUUUUUUUUUUUUAAUAUUACAGAUUUUGUAUUAUUUCCUAUUUCUAGUGGAAAAUAAAGCUCUUAAAGUCUGUAAUCCAUAUUCAU